AUGGCGCCGUCCAAGGGGAAGCGCGGCCGCCGGCCGCCCGACGCCGCCGCAGUAGCAGCACCGCCACCAGCGCCGACCGACGCACCAAACGCCAAUGAGGACACAGACGCAGGCUCCGCUGCCUGGCCGCGCGUGCAGGAGCUCUUCCGCAUGCUGCACGACGCCAACGCGCCCGCCCUGGGCGUCCGCACCGACGGCCGCGUGGCGCUCUGGAACCCGCGCAUGGAGGAGAUCACGGGCUUCGAGGCCGGGCGCGUCAUCGGCCGUCCGCUGACUGACUUCGUGUACGGUAUGCAGCGCAAGCAGGAGGUCAUGGAGACUCUGGAGAACUGCAUCGAGCUCAAGCGGCCGGAGCUGGAGCUGCGCAUCCCGCUGAGAAACACCACGGGCCGCAACGCGCAGGUGCUGACCAAUAUGACGCCCUUGCUGGCUGAAGAUGGCGCGUGCGUGGGCGUCUACGGCGUGGGCCAGGACGUGACGGAGUGGGCCAUCCAGGAGAAGCAGUACGCUACGGUCAUGAUGCAGGCCAACGCGCCCAUCAUUGAGCUGGACAAGGAAGGGAACAUCACGGUCUGGAACUCCAAGACUGUGUCCAUGACGGGAUAUGCUAGUGUGGACAUGGUGGGUGAGCCCCUGCUGCCUGUAGUGGACGAGAGCUUCAGGAAAAUCGUGUCGGAGAAGAUCAACCAGGCUCUGACGGGCAUCGCAGGCGCAGAUUUCGAGCUGCCGCUGGUGACGGCCAGAGGAUCCAGAGUGGAGAUCGUGCUGUGCUUGACCCCGAGGUUCGACACGCUGGGGUCUGUGAUGGGCGUCGUGGCUAUUGGACAGGACGUCACGGAGAGAAACACCAAGGAGAUGGAGUACAGGAAACUGAUCGAGACGGCCAACGCGCCCAUUUUCGGCGUGGAUACCGAGGGCCGAGUGGUCAUUUUCAACUCGAAAGCUGCGCAGAUUAGUGAAUACUCGCCAGAUGAGGUCAUGGGCGUUGAUCUCGUCGACACGCUGAUUUCGGAGGAGUUUCGACCUGCAGUGGCUGCAGUCUUCCAGAGUGCGUUUCAGGGAACGGAGACGGCGAAUUUCGAGUUCCCGUUGGUUACCAAGACUGGAAGAAAGGUGGAAAUCCUGCUUAAUGCUACGCCGCGGUAUGAUCACACAGGGAAGCUUGUUGGCGUCGUGGGCAUCGGCCAGGAUAUAACGGAUCGUAUCAUCCAGGAGAAGGAGUACAGCCGGCUGAUUGACACUGCAAAUGCUCCCAUUUUUGGUGUCGAUUGCAAUUACGAGGUGAUUAUCUGGAACAAAAAGGCUGCUGCUAUCACGGAGUAUACAAACGAGGACGCGAUCGGACAGGAGUUGUUUAAAUUCAUAUCCGAGGACUACCGAGAUGCAGUUGCUAAAGUUUUGUCGAAAGCUUUAGAGGGGACAGGAACGGCAAACUUUGACUUCCCUUUGAUCACUAAAAGUGGACGCCGACUGGAUAUUUUGCUGAACGCGACGCCCAAGUACGAUCACUUUGGCAACGUUUGCGGGGCUGUUGGAAUUGGUCAGGAUAUUACUGACAGGCGCGCCCAAGAGCAGGAGUACACACGUCUUAUUGACACUGCUAAUGCUCCAAUCUUUGGUGUCGAUGGAAAUGGCUGUGUGAAUAUCUGGAACCGCAAAGCUGCUGAGACGACACAGUACCCGAAUGAAGAAGUGCUUGGAGUAAAUUUGGUCGAAAACUUCAUCCCUGAGGACUUUCGGGAGGCGGUCUGGACGGUGUUGUCUCAAGCACUAGAGGGACAGGAGACCGCAAACUUUGAAUUCCCACUGAUCACAAAGGAUGGCCGCCGCCUCGAGAUCUUGCUAAAUGCCACACCGCGCUACAACGAAAAGGGUGUCGUCAUUGGUGUUGUAGGUAUUGGGCAAGACAUCACAAUUCGAAUGGCACAGGAAAAGGGAACCAACCGGUUGAUUCACGCGGCAAAUGCACCGAUCUUUGGCGUUGAUCGUGAUGGCUUGGUGAAUAUUUGGAAUCUCAAGGCUGCUGAGAUCACUCAAUAUUCAGCGGAAGAGGUGAUGGGUAAAGAUCUGGUCAACCGCUUCGUUGCAGAGGAGCAUCGAGCUACACUGGGCCAAAUUUUUGGAGUUGUGGGCAUCGGACAAGAUAUCACGGAACGAAUUGCGCAGGAGCAAGAGCUUAUCCGAUUGAUCGACACUGCUAACGCCCCUAUCUUCGGAGUAGACUCUAAAGGCCGUGUGAACAUCUGGAACAAAAAGGCUGCGGAGAUUAUGCAAUAUCCGGCCGAUGCUGUUAUGGGUGAGCACCUUGUGGAAAAAUUUAUCACGAAGGACUACCAGGAGGCGGUGAGCUAUGUGCUUUCUGAAGCUCUAAGCGGUGUUGAAACGGCAAACUUUGAGUUUCCGUUGAUCACCAAAACAGGUCGACGCGUAGAGAUACUGCUUAAUGCGACGCCUCGGUACAAUGAGCACGGCGCAGUUAUUGGCAUGGUGGGUAUCGGACAGGAUAUUACGGACCGUAUCGCACAAGAGCAGGAGUACAUGCGUCUGAUUGAUACUGCGAAUGCUCCGAUCUUCGGUGUCGAUUCUGACGGUUGUGUGAACAUCUGGAACCGAAAGGCAGCCAAUAUCAUGCAGUAUACGAACGAGGAUGUUCUGGGUAAAGACUUGGUUGCAGAAUUUAUUUCGGAGGAGUACAAAGUUCCCGUGCGUAGUGUCUUGGAGAAGGCGUUUGAGGGCGUCGAGACUGCGAAUUUUGAGUUCCCAUUGAUCACGAAAUCUGGCCGGCGAGUAGAGAUUCUGUUGAACGCUACCCCACGGUAUAACGAGCAAGGCGAAGUAAUGGGAAUGGUAGGAAUCGGCCAGGACAUCACGGAUCGGAUUGCGCAAGAAAAGGAGUACAUGCGCCUCAUCGAUACUGCAAACGCUCCAAUUUUUGGCGUCGACUCGAAUGGUUUAGUCAACAUUUGGAAUCGGAAGGCUGCCGACAUCAUGCAGUACACUACCGAAGAUGUCCUUGGGAAGGACUUGGUUGCAGAAUUCAUUUCCGAAGAAUAUAAGGUUCCAGUGCGAAGCGUCCUGGAAAAGGCUUUUGAAGGUGUGGAGACUGCCAACUUCGAGUUUCCAUUGAUCACCAAGGCCGGACGGCGAGUAGAGAUCUUGUUGAAUGCUACUCCACGGUACAAUGAGCAAGGAGAAGUGAUGGGAAUGGUGGGCAUUGGCCAGGACAUUACGGAUCGUAUUGCGCAGGAGCAAGAAUAUAGCCGAUUGAUUGAUACGGCUAAUGCUCCAAUCUUCGGCGUCGACGCCAACAUGUGCGUGAACAUUCUGAACAAGAAGGCAGCGCAAAUUAUGAACUAUGCAGCUGAGGAGGUUCUUGGUGAGAAAUAUGUGGAAAAGUUCAUCGCGCCGGAGUAUCAAGCUAUCGUGUACGACAUUAUGUCCAAAGCGUUGCAUGGAGAUGAAACAGCUAGUUUUGAAGUUCCAGUGAUAACCAAGACUGGACGGAAGCUGAACAUUUUACUGAAUGCGACGGCUCGCUUCAAUCAGCACGGGCGUAUUGUUGGCGUCGUGGGUAUUGGCCAGGAUAUCACUGAUCGCAUUGCUCAGGAGGAGGAAUAUGCGAGGCUUAUUGACUCGGCUAAUGCCCCGAUUUUUGGUGUUGACGCGAAUGGCCUCGUCAAUAUCUGGAACAAAAAGGCUGCUGAGAUCACGCAAUACACGCCGACUGAUGUGAUGGGCGAGAACCUGGUGGAGAAGUUUAUCACGGAGGACUACCGCGAAGCGGUCGGUCUUGUCUUGUCCAAGGCACUUGAAGGAGUUGAGACAGCAAACUUUGAGUUCCCGCUGAUGACGAAGUCUGGCCGACGAGUGGAGAUUUUGUUGAACGCUACACCCAGGAAUAACGAACAUGGGGAAGUGAUCGGCAUGGUUGGUAUUGGUCAAGACAUCACCGAUCGGAUUGCACAAGAAAAGGAAUACAUGCGCCUGAUUGAUACGGCGAAUGCCCCCAUUUUUGGUGUUGAUUCCAAUGGCCUAGUGAACAUUUGGAACCGGAGGGCAGCUGAUAUCAUGCAGUACACUACCGAGGAUGUUCUUGGGGAGGAUCUCGUCGCGAAGUUUAUAUCGGAAGAGUAUCGUGUCCCGGUUCGUUGUGUCCUUGAAAAGGCUUUCGAAGGCGUAGAGACAGCCAACUUCGAGUUCCCGUUGAUUACAAAAGCUGGCCGGCGAGUGGAAAUUCUGCUUAAUGCUACGCCUCGCUACAAUGAGCAGGGUGAAGUGAUGGGUAUGGUUGUUGGAAUUGGCCAGGAUAUCACUGAUCGCAUCGCGCAAGAGCAGGAGUACGCUAGACUGAUCGACUCGGCUAAUGCCCCGAUUUUUGGUGUUGACGCGAAUGGCCUCGUCAAUAUCUGGAACAAGAAGGCUGCUGAGAUCACGCAGUACACACCGACUGAUGUGAUGGGCGAGAACCUGGUGGAGAAGUUUAUCACGGAGGACUACCGCGAAGCGGUCGGUCUUGUCUUGUCCAAGGCACUUGAAGGAGUUGAGACAGCAAACUUUGAGUUCCCGCUGAUGACAAAGGCUGGAAGGCGUGUAGAGAUUUUGCUAAACGCUACGUCUCGUUUCAACGAACAUGGGGAAGUGAUCGGCAUGGUUGGUAUUGGACAGGAUAUUACGGAUCGUAUCGCCCAAGAGCAGGAGUACAGCCGUUUAAUUGAUACGGCGAAUGCCCCGAUUUUCGGUGUUGAUUCAAGCGGGCGUGUGAAUAUCUGGAACCGAAAGGCUGCCGAUAUCAUGCAGUACACGAAUGAGGAUGUGCUUGGCAAGGACCUGGUUGCUGAAUUCAUUUCGAAGGAAUACAAGGUGCCCGUGCGCAGUGUGCUCGAGAAGGCAUUCGAAGGUGUGGAGACCGCGAACUUCGAGUUUCCGUUGAUCACGAAGGCUGGUCGACGCGUGGAGAUUCUGUUAAAUGCCACGCCUCGAUACAAUGAACACGGUGAAGUAAAGGGCAUGGUGGGCAUUGGUCAGGAUAUCACGGAGCGCAUUGCUCAGGAGCAGGAGUACAGUCGCCUGAUUGACACAGCCAACGCUCCCAUUUUUGGCGUUGAUGCCAAUAUGUGUGUCAAUAUCUGGAACAGGAAGGCAGCACAGAUCACAAAUUACGCUAUCGACGAAGUUAUGGGUGAAAACCUAGUCGAGACCUUUAUUUCGCCAGAGUUCCGACCAAUUGUGGCUGAAGUGCUGUCUCAAGCUCUGAGAGGCGUCGAAACCGCAAAUUUUGAAUUCCCUCUUAUUACGCGCCCCGGUACAAGAAUCGAGAUUUUACUUAACGCGACGCCUCGAUACGAUUCUAAUGGUAGCAUCGUUGGCGUUGUCGGCAUCGGUCAAGACAUCACCGAUCGUAUCGCCCAGGAACAUGAAUACUUCCGACUGAUUGAUACGGCGAACGCCCCGAUUUUUGGCAUUGACACCAAUGGUUGCAUUAACGAGUGGAACCAGAAGAUCGAGGAGAUCACUGGCUACCACAAGUCAACUGUGCUGGGUCUUUCGCUAGUCCAUACUUUCAUUAUUCCGGAAAGCAGACAGCAAGUGCGACAGUUGCUGAACCAGGCGUUGAUUGGUAUUGACGUUGGCGAGAUGGAGCUUCCCAUGACGACGAAGCGUGGCGUGUUCCUGCUGCUACUUGUGAACGCUUCAAGUAAGAAGGAUAUGCAUGGAAAUAUUCGUGGUGUGAUUGGUGUUGGACAAGAUUACACUGCAAGGAAGCACAUGGAAGCUGCCAAGGUGAACUUCUUGGCCUCCUUUAGCCAUGAGUUGAGAACCCCGUUGAACGGCGUGCUCGGAAUGCUGGAGUUACUGAAGGAACAGCCCCUCGAUAAGGCUCCUGAGAGAUACGUUCACAUGGCAUAUGUAUCAGGCUCGCUACUGCUCAAUCUGAUCAAUGACAUUCUGGACUUGUCGAAGAUCGAGGCUGGGCAUCUUGAAAUUUCGGCUGCUCCCUUCCAGAUGCAUGAACUAUUGGACUAUUCGAUUGAGAUUUUCAAGUUCAAGGCCCGGGAGCGUGGACUCAAGCUAGAACUGAAGUGUGAUGACAACGUGCCGAAGGUUGCAAUUGGCGAUGUCGUGCGUCUGCGUCAAGUUCUGUUGAAUCUGCUGUCAAACGCGAUCAAGUUCACCAAUGAAGGCUCUAUUACGGUCACAUGUAGUGUCGUUUACACGCCAGAGCUCCCGAAGGCAUUCAAGAAGUUGUUAUUCCAAGUCAUCGAUACCGGCAUCGGUAUGGACGCGGAAGAGAAGAUGCGUCUCUUUUCCUUAUUUACGAAGCUUGAGCGCACUCGUCAAAACAAUCCGACUGGAUCGGGUUUGGGACUUGCAAUUUGCAAGCAGCUUGCUGAGCUGAUGGAUGGCCAAAUUGGUGUCGACAGUGAGCUGGACGUGGGCAGCAACUUCUACUUCACAGUUGUUGUCCGUCUGCUUGACGAUAUUGACGCUAAGGGGCUAUUCUAUGCUGCGAACGAACUACUCACGGAUGCUGGCGUUGCACCCCCUAACAUGGAUACAUCGAACGUAAACUCAAGCGAUAGCACUGCAAGCGCAGCUGCUGCAAAUGCUGCUAACACGGCAAAGGUUGUGAUUCCGCGGCAGGCAAGGAUAUUGGUGGCAGAGGACAACGAGUUUAACUGGGAAGUGGUGAAGUGCUUUCUUCAGGAGGCAGACCAUCUCCUCCAAUGGGAAGUGAAUGGUCGAGAUGCUGUGAAGGCUUAUACAGAGAACCAUACCAAGUUUGAUCUCGUCUUCAUGGACUGUGAAAUGCCCGUAAUGGACGGAUAUACAGCGACGAAAGCAAUUCGUCAGUUUGAACGCGAAAACGAUCUACCCCGUAUUCCUGUUCUUGGCUUGACUGCAUAUGCCAUGAGCGGCGAUCGCCAAAAGUGCCUGGGGUCAGGUAUGGACGAGUUUAUGGUGAAGCCGAUCUCGAAGAAUAGUUUGUUGAAGGCUAUUCGACAAUGGAUGCGCGUUCGUUAUCUCGGCCCUAAGACGGCCUCGACCUCCUCUGUCGCUGGAUCGGAUGAUUUUCCUCCUGCAAGUUCUGAGGCAGUACCUACUUCUGCCGCUCCUGCCGCUCCACCAAUGGGAUCCGUUUCAUCGCCAGCUUCAUCAAGAUCUCGCGCGGGUGUGGAGCUUGAUGGUGUACCGACUGCAUACCCGAGUACAUCACCAACCCCGCGGCCAUCGCUGGACAGUGAUGCUGACGAUGCGGACCUCUACAGCGGGCAGGACGAAUCGGGUUCCAGACUUGCUCCGGCCUCACGCCACAUGCAGCAGCUUGAUCUCGCGCGAGCGAUUUCGAACUUGGAGUUGGAUGACCCCAUGGCAAUUAGGCGCCAGAUUGGUCCUACUGUACGCACCGCCGUGCCAACAACAUCAAUCUUCAGCCUGGGAUCUUCAGUUGGAAACAGUACCCGCUCUAGUGGCCUCUUGACACUCCAGCGGGAUACUGGUGGUGCUGUUGUUGACAUUCCAGACUGGAAGCAGAUUAACAAAACCUCUGCGACCUUGCCGAACAUGAAGGACAAGCCACUGGAAGGUACCGAGACAUCUGAUCACGUGUCAUCGCAUAGCAAUCCAACUUUGUGGAGCCACCCGCCCUUCAUGGGCAACAAGAAGGACAAAAAGGAUUCGGCCCCAACUUCCGCAACUUCUCAGCAACCUCUAUCGCCGAACUCUGUUUCCGAGGCACAGAGUGCCCGAACUAGAGCAGUAACUGAAGGUGGCCGAGAUGACAACACACCUUUGAGUUUGCAACGGUAUGAAUCGGACAAGAGCUCGGACGAUCAAGCAUCGGGAGACCCGAUUGCAGCUAUGCUUGAGCGUUUGAAUAUCAGUAGCCCGGCCGCUAGAGGCGGCGUCAGAGGACCACCCAGUGUCGAUCAUGCGAGCGCUACCACCGAGAGUGAUGCUGCGAUGCGCGUAACGAUGGACCCGGCGAGCAUUGCCAUUCCUGAGGGUGACCCCGUCGACUAUUCGUUGGGUGUACAGCAGUGUGGUGGCCACGAAGAACUCUUCAUGAGCUUACUCGAAAAGUUCACAGUGAGCUGUGAAGCUAUUAUGUCGCGCAUUUUGGCAGCGUACGGGCAAGGUGAUAUCGCGGUGACUCGACGAGAGUCACAUUCGCUGAAGGGUUCAUCGGCGUAUGUUGCUGCGAUGCGUGUAUCUAAGGCCGCAUUCCGCGUACAAGUUGCAUGCGAGCAGCUGCAACAGGGUCAGGCAGAAAUUGGCACCGAUCGGCAGCCGGCAGCGCUUGCCGACGCGGCAGCCAUGAUCUCACUGAAGAAGUCGCUGGAUGACUCUGUGGCUCUGUUGAAAAAGGAGCACAGACAUUUACGCGGAUACCUUCGUCGUAACUUCGAGUUCCGCGGCCUGUCCAGGAGCGGAAGUGGGGUGCAAGCAGCGGCCUUGCGUUCUUCUAGCAGCUCGGUUCAGGAUCGCAAUGGACCCUGUGGAAUCAUGUAA